GACCCGUAGAUCUAGAGCAAAAGAAAAGUGACACUGAUAGAAUAAAAUUAAGAAUUACAAAAUCUAAAUUUGAACAUCUUUUGCCACUUGCCAUGGAGAACCAAGAGAUGAGUGUCACGAUGCAGGAGCGGGUAAAGGCUGCCCUUACGGACCGCCUAGGAAUGUUCACCCGCAGUGACGCCCAGAGAGCGCGGUUCAUGCAGUACUGUGUCUACAUCAGUGUAGCUGUCCUGCUGGUACUGUCAGCGAUGAUGAUCAUCGUAUUUCCCAUUGUUUUCGACAGCUUUUAUGGCCGUGCCGUUCAUCCGAUUAAUCAAGAUACUUUAACAGCCACCACAGCGGAAAAGCACGUACCAAUAGAUAAACAAGAGACAACUGAAAUGAUCCCGACAACAUCAACAGAGCUGGAAUUGUCAACUGAAGUCGAUAUAGCAACUACGGAAGGUCAGCCCUCUAAAACAACAGCCAAACCAAAGAAAAAGACAAAAAUCCCAAGUACUACUGUUACUACGAGAAAACCAACCACAACAGAGAAAGCCACAACAACAACAACCUCUCCUACAACUACGGUUCCAAAAUCGACUACCUCACCUCCAUCCACCACCACGACGACCAGAAAGACCACGACCACCCCCCUCAGCCCCACCAUCCCCCACUGGUGGCGACUACGCUUGUCGUUCUCGAUCCCCCAGCCCUGCAGACGGGGUGCCAAAUACCUGCACGUGAAUUGCAGGAAGUACCACACCUGUAUGACCGACUUUACCCUCCACGAGGCGCAAUGCCCGGGCGGAACGAUGUUCAACCCGCGGUCUAAAAAGUGUGAUCUGGAGAAGUACGUGCACGAGUUCUGCUACAGAGUACGGCUUACGGAGCCCGAGCCGCCUGUGCAGAGGCGAAUCAUAACAACAACGACCACAGAGGCCCCGGAAACGACAACUCCGCCGCCGCUUUUUAACCCACCAAUUCCGUGCGAGACGAACAGUUUGUUUCCCCACGUCAACUGUACCCUCUUCUACAAGUGUGGUGACAACGGUUUUCCAUCGGUGCUUACCUGUCCCCCUUCAAGCGAACCGGUGAUAGGUACCCUCUUCUACAACGAGCGUACCAAGACUUGCGACCAAUUCAACAAUGUCCAAGAAUGCACCAUGGGCGCACAUAGAACCGUCGCCGUGAACUUGAUGAACCAGUUCAACCCCCCAUUCCCUUGUAAGAACGGAAAGACUUAUCCUCAUCCGGACUGCAAAAAGUACUACACCUGUGUGGGAGAAGUUCCCACAGAAAAGACGUGUCUUCAGCAAUUCAAAAGAAUGCACUUUACGACGAAGGGAGGGGGUUGUGUGGAUGCUACCAAAACUUUACUCAGUGGAGAGUGCAAUAAUUCGGACGAAAGACAAAUAGAUUUUCGAAAAGGAGACGGUGGCAAUAAUAACGUUGAAGAUACAGAUAGAAAUUGA